CAGUUUACGCCGCAUUAAGAAGUUGAGGUCUUGGAAGACAUAAAAGCCUAAGAUUUCAAUCGACGAGUUCCUUCCUUCCAUAUGUUUUGCAACUGGUCUUGGUACAAUAACUUCGAGACUGCUACUUCCCUCUUCACAUAUCACUUCGUCAGCGCUCGCCACGGGAACAAUCACAAAACAACUCUGCAGACAUGACAUCCAAUUCGAACUCACCGCCUAAGCCAUGGGUAGAAACACCUUGCAUAAGAUCCGCAGCUCUUUCACGAGAAGCAGGAUGUAACAUCUACCUCAAACUCGAGACACUCCAACCAUCUGGCUCUUUCAAAUCACGAGCUCUUGGAAACUUUCUCAGUAAAGCCAUCAUCGCUCAUGGCCCCGAGAAGCCUAUUCAUUUCUACUGCGCGUCUGGUGGAAAUGCUGGACUUGCAUGUGUCGUUGCCGCGACGAUGCUCAAGCGGCCUGCUACCAUCGUCGUACCUAUGACUACCUCCGAACUCAUGAUCGAGAAACUAAAGACACUGGGAGCAGAUGUGGUGCAGAUAGGCAUGCACUGGAGUGAAGCUGAUGCUCAUUUACGAGAAGAACUGUUGGGCAAGGAUGAGAAUGGUGUUUAUGUCCCGCCUUUUGAUCAUGAGGAUAUCUGGGAGGGAAACUCCACAAUCUCUGACGAGCUUGAAAAGCAAAUGAGUGUGAACGGGGGCUUCGACGCGUUGGUUUGCAGUGUGGGUGGUGGUGGUAUGUUUUCUGGUAUCAUGCAAGGACUGGAGCGACAUGGACACCUAAAAGGUGGAAGUGGCAAACGUGUCAAGGUUCUUGCUGUUGAGACGAAAGGAGCGGAGUCAUUGAACCUGAGUGUGACCAACAAGAAGUUGUCAAGACUGCCCGGUAUCACAAGUAUUGCCAAUUCACUGGGAGCGACACAAGUUGCUAAAAAGGCAUUCGAUUGGGGCAUCACUGAGGAUGUUACAAGCCAUGUACUGAGCGACGCCGAGGCCGCAAUUGCUUGUGUCAAUUUCGCCGAUGACGAGAGAAUCCUCGUGGAGCCAGCUUGUGGAGUCAGUAUCGCGACAGUAUACAAUGAUACUUUGCAGCCCCUCCUCUUCCCGUCUCUGUCAGCUGAGGAUUUUUCAAAGCUCAACAUCGUCAUCAUAGUCUGUGGCGGCUCAGGCGUCACUCUUCAAAUCCUUGAAAGUUACAAGAAAGAAUAUGGGCAGGAUCGGGCUGUGGUGGAGAAAUUUCACUCGAGGAGGAUCAGAGAGGAGGGUGCAAAAGCGAUCCCCACCAAGGUGCAAGCAGACUCCAAGGUUCCAUUCAUUUUGCACAGCGAGGAGCAACAUAAAAGAGAUGAUGUGCUGGCCCAGGGACGUAAUUUCGAGGGUGAACCCGUGGGGUCUAAACCAGCCAUUGGAUCAAUGGAGCUUGGGGAGGUAGAGAAGCAGAUCGAGGAAUUUGGAAAGGUGGUUCAAACUUGAUGGCUUUCGAGGUUGACAAUGCUGAGGGCUUUGGGGAGGAUGGCAGUCGAGGUGUGAUCUGAAUCCAUGCAUGCAAAAUUAGAUUUCAUAGAGGUUUGCAGCACAAUAGACUACAGCAAUGAUUUAAAAGUCUCUAAUCCCUGAGUUGCUG